CUCGCCGCCUGCGCCGCCGCCGCCGCCGCCGCUGCCUCCCGGCGUGGGGGCUGCGGUGGGCGCAACUCGGCGCGGCGCGGACCGGAGGUGAGGGGGCCGCGGCAGGCCCGAAGCCGAGGCGGGGCCGGGUCGCCCCCGCCGCGCCCGCCCUCCCUCCCACGAUGCGGCGCUGAGGCCCAGCAUGGCCGGCCCGGGCCCCACCUUCCCGCUGCACCGGCUCGUCUGGGCGAACCGGCACCGCGAACUGGAGGCCGCGCUGCACAGCCGCCAGCACGACAUUGAACAGGAGGACCCCCGGGGGCGCACUCCCCUGGAGCUGGCUGUGUCCCUGGGGAACCUGGAGUCCGUGAGAGUCCUCCUUCGACACAAUGCCAAUGUGGGCAAAGAGAGCUGCCAGGGCUGGGCAGUCCUGCAGGAGGCCGUCAGCACUGGGGACCCCGAGAUGGUACAGCUGGUGCUCCAGUAUCGGGACUACCAGAGGGCCACACAGAGACUGGCUGGCAUUCCGGAAUUGCUCAACAAACUCCGCCAGGCCCCCGAUUUCUACGUGGAGAUGAAGUGGGAGUUCACCAGCUGGGUGCCCCUUGUGUCCAAGAUGUGCCCGAGUGACGUGUACCGAGUGUGGAAGCGGGGGGAGAGCCUGAGGGUGGACACCAGUCUUCUGGGCUUUGAGCACAUGACCUGGCAGCGUGGCAGGAGGAGCUUUAUCUUCAAGGGCCAGGAGGCAGGAGCCUUGGUGAUGGAAGUGGACCACGACCGGCAGGUGGUGCACACCGAGACGCUGGGGCUCGCCCUGCAUGAGCCGGAAGCGCUGCUGGCCGCCAUGCGGCCCAGUGAAGAGCAUGUGGCCAGUCGGCUCACCUCUCCUAUUGUCUCCACCCACCUGGACACGCGCAAUGUGGCCUUCGAGAGGAACAAAUGUGGUAUCUGGGGCUGGCGGUCUGAGAAGAUGGAAACCGUUAGCGGCUACGAGGCCAAGGUAUACAGUGCCACCAAUGUGGAGCUGGUGACACGCACUCGCACGGAGCACCUCUCUGAUCAGGACAAGUCGAGGAGCAAAGGAGGGAAGACUCCAUUCCAGUCCUUCCUCGGGAUGGCCCAGCAGCACUCCCACAGCGGGGCUCCUGUGCAGCAGGCCGCCAGCCCCACCAACCCCACAGCCAUUUCCCCCAGUGAAUACUUCGAUCCCAACUUCAGCCUGGAGUCGAGGAACAUUGGCCGCCCCAUUGAGAUGUCCAGCAAAGUACAGAGGUUCAAGGCCACGCUCUGGCUGAGUGAGGAGCACCCGCUCUCCCUGGGUGACCAGGUGACGCCCAUCAUUGACCUGAUGGCUAUCAGCAACGCUCACUUUGCCAAGCUGCGUGACUUCAUCACCCUGCGCCUUCCCCCCGGCUUCCCAGUCAAGAUUGAGAUUCCCCUUUUCCACGUGCUCAACGCCCGCAUCACCUUCAGCAACCUGUGUGGCUGUGACGAGCCCCUGAGCUCGGUGUGGGUGCCGGCCCCCGGCUCGGGCUCGGGCGGCCCAGCAUCAGGGAGCCCUUUCCCGUGCGAGGUGGACCCCGCCGUGUUUGAGGUGCCUGAGGGGUACAGCGUGCUGGGCACAGAGCGCAGUGAGCCCCUUCGUGACGAGGAUGACGACCUGCUGCAGUUUGCCAUCCGGCAGAGCCUGCUGGAGGCGGGCGCAGAGGCCGAGCAGGUAACAGUCUGGGAAGCCCUGACCAACACCCGGCCUGGGGCCCACCCCCUUCCCCAGGCCACCGCUUACGAGGAGCAGCUUCAGCUGGAGCGCCACGAUCUCGCCCUUGGCCUUCUUCCCCCGCCUGAGCGCUCACUGCUCUGCCCUUCCUCUCACGCCUUGUCUGGAAGGGCCCUCCAAGAAAGCCUGCGGAUGUCCACAGAGCCCAACGGCCCAGAAUCCCCUCACAGGAGCCCCCCGGCCCCAGCCCCGCCAAGCUUUGAGGAGCAACUUCGCCUGGCCCUGGAGUUGUCUUCGAGAGAGCACGAGGAGCAGGAACGCCAGGGGCAGCAGGAGGAGGAGGACUUGCGGAGGAUCCUGCAGCUCUCGCUCACGGAGCACUGAGCACCCGGCCCCCGGGGGGGGGCCCCCCCCCCCCCCCCCCCCCCCC